AUGGCAGGCUCACAGCUUAAACGCUUGAAGGCUUCUCUGAGAGAGCAAGGUAUUACGGGCCCGCAACAAUCAAAAAAACAGAGACGCAAGAACUUCGAAGAUGGCAAAGCCCGCAACGACAAGCGACUGCAACGCGGAGUUGUCCUGGAAGGAAUCCGCGAGCAAUUUAACCCGUUCGAUCUUAAGCAUGCUGCCCGUGGGCCAAAGUUUGAAGUGACGACCAAUCGUGUCGUCAGCGGUGAUGCUGCCAAGGGAAUUAGAGGACGACCCGGCGUGGCAAAGGCUGUUGGUGAGGAGCGGAGACGAGAGACUCUUCUGGUCGAAAUGCAGCGCCGCAACAAGGUUGGAGGCAUUCUCGACAGACGUUUCGGCGAAAACGACCCCACAAUGGCUCCAGAAGACAAAAUGCUCGAACGAUUUGCCAGGGAGAAGCAGCGAAGCCACAAGAAAAGCUCAAUGUUUGACCUCGAAGAUGACGCCCCAAUUGAGAGUCUGACGCAUAUGGGCAAGGAAUUGGAGUUUGAUGACGAUGCUCCCGCUGAUGAUUUUCACGAAGACGACUUGGAGAUGGAUUACGAUAGUGAUGGUUCGGUUAGAGAAAAUCAAAGGCUUAAAAGACUACGCUCCCUAGCAUCAGCCGGUGAUGAAAAGGAAACGUAUCAAGAUGAGCCACAAAGGAAAAGGACGAAAAAGGAGGUCAUGGAAGAAGUUAUUGCCAAGUCAAAGAUGCAUAAAUAUGAGCGACAAGCCGCCAAGGAAGUCGACGACGAUAUUCGCGCUGAGUUGGAUAAGGAAAUGCAAAGUAUACAAAUGCUUCUCUCCACCUCCAAGGGUUCCACGCGCCCAAACGACGCAGCAACUGCCAAGCAAUCAUCCAUUGCCGGACUCGACCGGGACGCUUUCGACAGAAAUUUUGAUCUCGAAGUGAAGAAGUUGGCGCAAGAUCGACGUGCCCAACCGACCGAGCGCACAAAGACAGAAGAAGAAAAAGUAGAAGAGGAAUCGGAGAAACUAAAAGAGCUCGAGGAAAAACGGCAGAAACGCAUGAGAGGAGAAGAAGUUGCCGAUGGUGAAGGGGAUGAGGGUGAAGACAAAAAGCAGAGCAACACAGGGGGUCUCCAUGACACAGAGGUUGAGGAAGAAGACGACGGCUUCGGUUUGGGUAGUGGCAUAAAGACGCGACCUACUGCAACGGAACUGGGUUUCGACGACGAAGACGACUUCAUCCUUGACGAUGACCUAGUUGCCAGCGGGUCCGAUUUGGAACUUACGGAGAGCGAUGAGGAUUCUGACGGAAAUCCGGAUGAAGAUUCGUCUCGGGAAGACGAAGCGGACGAAGAGGAAGACGAGUUUACCAAGGGAAUCUUGAAUGAAGAGGAGGCCAGAAACCCUGUAUUCCGCAUGGCUGACUGGGCAGCGAAAGACAUUGGGGCGCUAAAAUCAGAUGACCAAGGGCUCCCGUAUACUUUCGCGUGCCCGCAAACCUGUCAAGAAUUCCAAGCCAUAACAAGCGCAUUCGCUGUCAAAACCCUACCCACAAUCGUCCAACGGAUCCGAGCUCUUCACCACCCCAAAUUGGACAGUCAGAACAAGGAAAGGCUAGGAAAUUUUAGCGUCGCUCUGGUCGAUUUCAUAUCCCUACCAUGGGAUGAAAAGUCGUCGCCUUCGUUUGACGUAUUGGAAAGUCUAAUCCGCCACCUUCACUCUCUCUCGAAAAUGUUCCCGGCCGAGGUUGGCAAAAGAUUUCGAUAUCACAUGGAUCAAAUUGGUCAUAGCCGUCCUUUGUCUUUACAACAAUCUGACCUUGUCUUGUUGACGGCUGUCGGUACAAUAUUUCCAACAUCCGAUCACUUCCACCAGAUUGUCACACCGGCCAUGCUCACUAUGGGUCGAUUCUUGAGCCAGAAAGUCCCCCAACGACUGUCCGACUACUCGACCGGGGCGUAUCUUGCCAUCUUAUUCUUGCAGUAUCAGCAGCUGUCUAAGCGAUUUGUCCCAGAGGUCCCGAACUUUUGCUUGAACGCCUUGUGUGCUCUAUCGCCUAUUGCGCCGGAUAAGAAGCUGGGCAACUUCCCUCAGCAUGAGCCUCCAGCAGGGAUGAGAACGCAAAACGCAGCACACGUUGCGGUGAGAAGGUUGACUUUUGCGGAUUGCUCGACCGAAAAGGCGCCCGUCUCUGUGAAAGUUGCCACUAUGAGUACCGUUUUGGACAUUUUGAACGCUGCUGCAGACCUUUGGGCUGGCAAGGAUGCGUUCUUGGAGACAUUUGGACAAGUUGUCGACGUUGCGAAGCACCUUGGCGGGAAAGCGUGCCAAGCACAGCUACCCAGUCAGCUGGUGGACAAGGCUGACAAGCUAACUGCCAAACUUGGUCGCAUGAUGAGCCUUGCGCAGAUAUCACGACGACCACUGGAGCUCCACCAUCACCGCCCUCUUGCCAUCAAAACAUAUAUACCCAAGUUCGAGGAGACGUUCGACCCUGACAAGCACUACGACCCUGACCGCGAGCGUGCCGAGCUGGCCAAACUCAAGGCUGAGCAUAAGAAGGAGCGCAAAGCCGCGAUGAGGGAGCUCAGAAAGGACGCCAACUUUAUGGCCAGAGAAAACCUCCGCAUCAAGAAGGCCAAGGAUGAAGCUUACGAGAAGAAGUUCAAGAGGCUCGUGGCGGAAAUACAAAGCGAGGAGGGACGGGAAGCGAAUGCGUACGAGAGGGAGAGACAGGCGAGGAAACGAGCCAAGAAUAGGUAG